AUGUUAUAUAUUUUAUAUUUAUUAUUUUUACAGGAGAGAGCUUCCCUUCACAAAAACUGCUCACCUGUCAAACCCCUGGAACGAACACAAGCCGGUGAAGAUCGGACGUGACGGACAGGAGAUCCAACCGGAGAUCGGCGCUCAGCUCUGCGCUUUGUUCCCAUUGGACGAGAGCGUGGACAUCCACCAGGUGGCUCGCCACGUUCGCCACAAGCGCCGGACGCCGUCGGAGCCGCGACCUCGAGGCCGACCGCCACAACGCGAGCCGGGAAGGCGUCGUCCUGAAGAGUUCGACCUCCACGGCAGGAAACGACCGCGAGCCGACGGUCCGCCCGACUUCAACCAGCGAGCAGGGUUCAUUCAGGACCUUCGUAACCAGCCGGUGGACAGACGUUUCUCCACUGUCAGACGAGAUGUUUUUCUCAACGGCUCCUAUAACGACUACAUGAGGGAUUAUCACCACAAUGUUGGUCCUCCUGCUCCCUGGCAGACUCUGGCGACGUACCCCGGCGUGGAGCAGCCGCCCCCCCACCACCCCCCAUACUACCACCACAGCCACCCCCCUCCUCCCCCCCACCAGGCCUACCAUCACCACCACCCUCUGCCGCCGCACGAGGCUCCGCCCCCUCGCUUCAGAGACAAGCAGCGGGCACCGCAGAACCGAGCUUUUACCUCCAGCCCGCACGACUACGACAUGCGUGUGGACGACUUCCUGCGGAGGACUCAGGCGGUGGUGAGCAGUCGACGUGAGCGCGAGCGGCAGCGAGAACGAGAGCGCGGAGGACCCCGCCGCGAGAGAGAGAGAGAGCGGGGAAGGGACAGAGAACGAGAGAGAGAGAGGGACAAGGAGAGGGGGCGGUACCGCAGGUGAUCCGAUGAUGUCACAUCCUGUCAGCCUGCAGGGGCUUUUAUUUUGACAGUCAUCUGGGUUUUUUGCUGGUUUCCUGUUUUGUUUUUUUUGUUAUGAAUAAAAAA